AUUUAGCGAAUCAGUUCGUUCGCUCUUUUGGUUCAAUUUACCACAUGGCUUCUGCACUUACAGGUGCCGGUUCUUUAGCAAGCUAAAAUCACAGUCCCGCUGAGGUACCUUUCCAAUCAUGGAAGUCAUUAUCUUCCUCCACAACAGUGCCCUGCAUCUGCUCCUUGGAAUCGAGUGAGUGUGUGAGAUGUUUUGUGUAUCCAAAGUACAACAUGGCAGCAAGAAGAGUGGAGCGAUUCAGCAGCAUCCCAUGAGGCAAGAGAUCUUGAAACGAUUAUAAUUGUGAUCGCGCCAAAGAGGUGAAGGAGGUGAAAUGUUGGAAGCUGAGUCCAGAGGUUUUAUGUCAGUCACUAGAUACCCACACAACUCCCACCCGGACCAGUGCUGCCUUGGAAAACUCGCAUGCUCCAUACAUCUCGACGUAACAGACGACGUUUCAAGAGAGAAAACAUGGUCGCCAUGGCUGGCCAGUGUCAGUGAGUACAAACCUUGGCUUGUACUUUUGCGCUUGAGCGAUUAGGGUAUCAUUCUUUGAAGAAGUCUCGUGUGAAGCUCAUCUGAAUCGACGAAUUGGACUGACCCCGACGUAAAGAUGAAUGUGAAUCUUCCGAAUUUGUCGAGAAACGAUUUGCGCGGUCGUACUGCCAGAGGAUUGUGCAAGUGGAAUAAUGAAUUCUCCGUUGUCGAGAGGGAGGAACGCGUUACCAGCUUGAGAAUCCGUGGAGCUGAGAAAAAGACUCAAUUAUCUCUCCAGCAUAAGCUAGGACAUCCUGACCUCCUUAGACUCCAUAGGGGUCACAUCCUAGAUCUUGGGCCUCAAAUUUGUGUAGCCGACGAGUUUCGAAAAUUUGCUAUCAAUUGUUACACAAAGGAGGUAAAGUGUUCAACUGAGGGUCAGGGCCAGACUCAAACUAUCAAGAAUGAGACCAUUCUAACAAACAAAGCUCCUCUUCAGUCGAAGGAGAAGAGCCCCAAGCUAGACGAUGGAGGAACUGGGUUACCACCAAGAGAUGGAGGUGGCGGAGGUGGCGGCGGAGGAGGAGGCGGCGGUUGGGGAGGAGGAGGCUUCGUUUUCUGGGCUCUCCUCUUACUUAUUGGAUUUCUCAGAGACCGUGAACUUGAUAAGCCCAACACUGGUCUAAAGCCCAAGAAAAAACAAAGGAGGCAAUUGACUUGAAUGUCACUUUCAGGAAACUCUCCAUUAUACCAUUAUGCAACUCUCCGAUGACUGAUUCGGAAGAACUGUGUAGUUUCGCACCAUUCCAGCAACGAGUAAAGUUAAUAGAAGCUUAUAUUCAGUUUACGUCUCUUGCACAAGAGUCCAGCUGUGCGACAGCUGAUGGUGCGGUAGCUAAAACCAGCACAAACACAGUAAUAUGCGGAAGAAUGCAAGGUACAUGAAUCAAUCACGUCGUCAGGUAGGGGCCUGAUUUGCCUACUACUACCCGCAAAACACGCUGUUCAAGUAGUCUUCCCACCGACCAGAUAUGAUGCUGCCCACUGACUCAAGGUGAAAUUUAGAUCGACCUGCAAAUGUACAUGAAGAGAAUCCUUGACCUCUUCCAUUGUAGAUAAAACACAUCAUGCUUUUGCACCCUUCAAUUUGUCACGAGCACAAGCUGAGAGUCAGACUGAUCCUAGUAGAUCAUGUCUGCCUCAUCUACCAGCCUUAGUCUGCCGUAGAUGAAGAUGAUCGGCUCACGACUGACGCCUUUCGACAUACAAAGAGGAUGAAGACAAGGAUGCGAUCGGCAACUUCCUCUUGGAAGCCCCAUAAACUAUACUGAGGGAGAAACGGAACUAGAGAUUGUGUAAAUCGAGACCGAUAGGCUAUCGGUCUCGAUUACAUAUAUACACCUAUCGGCGAUAGGUGUAUAUAUGUCCUCAUGGGAUACAGGUGUAUGUCCAUGUUGAAUAAUAUUGUAUCAGAAACAGGCGCAUUUAUUGCAGGCUUGCAGCUGCCCCUGGGGUACAUAGAUUUUGGACCCGCAAGUGUCGUGGAGGCUUGAA